GGCACGGCUUACGUACUAGUUAAAGGGAUAAGACGGCUACUCUACGACGUUCGCCAUCCCUCCGCCAGCUGGUCGAACGAGCGGCUGUGGCGUUUUCUUUCCCCUCGCAGGCCUUCCAGAAGCGACUAAGGCGGGCCUGGGCGCCGAAGUCGAUCGUGUGCGGCCCUUUCUAAGGUCUGCCACGGCUACCGACGAUUUCGUCGGUAAAGCGGGGGUGCGGCGUUCCGCCUUGCCCGGGGCCGCUUCGGGGCCGUCUUCGGACGCCCACAGGGAAACGUGGAACGACGAAGAGAGAGUGAGAGAGCUUCUGGUGGGGAAUGAGCCUCAUGCGCUCCGGCUCCGAGGGGGUUAAGGCCGCAACCUUCCCGGCAUCCUCCGCAGUUUCGCUGGCACGCGCACGGAACGGCGGGGGCGCGGGCGCGGGCGCGGGCGCGCACCCCCCGCGGGAAGAAGCUGCCGGGGUAGAGAGGCAGCGCCGGCGGCGGCCGCGCUGCUGCCCCCCGGCUCGGGCUAGCGACGGUGCCGGCCCGUCGACGGCGGCUAGUGGGCCGUCAGCGACGAGGAAGAAGGCGACUCCUAGGCCGAGGGCUAGGAAAAGGGAUCCAGCUCCGGCUCUGGACCGCCCCAACUUCGGGAGAGUGGGAGAUCCCGGGGCUCGGGGGGCCUCGGGAAGCCGAAAUGGGAGCUCCCGGUUGGGCUCUCGUGGUAUGAAGGCGCCCCUAACCCUCCUCCGCUUCCCUGCUCCGCAGACUCAUCUCCGGGGCGAAGGAGAAGAAGGAUCAGAAUGGGGCCCUCUUGAAGAAUUCUGCCCCGGGAACUUCCUCUGUGUGUCUCCAAAGGCCACCUGUAUGUAUGCAUAUGUCUCUGCACAGGCGGCUCGUUUGGAGCAAACUGCGUGACAAACAUCAGACAGGGCAAGGGACUCCUCGGGAGUGAGACCCUGGAUGUACUCUAGCCUCAGCAGGCCAGGGUCAUGGGUCGCCUAGAUGACCACGCCAAGAAACGAAUUGUAGAGCUUCGGAAAGCGGGGCUGAGUUUUCGCAAAAUCAAGAAGGUCCUAGAGCUUGACAAUAUCCGCGUCACCCCACAGGCUGUCUAUCUCUUCUUGAAGCGAAAGAAUGUGAAGCUCAGCCCCCUGCCCAGCAGCAACCAUCCUCUCCCUCCCAGGGACCAGAACACCCAGCGGCUGGCACUCAGUCGGUCUGGCUGGAAGGAUGAGCAGCUCUGGGAUUUGUUGCAAGAGAGUGAGGUGGAGCCAAAGGAGUCCUUGGAAAGCCAGCCAGCUGGCCCCAGGGGAGAGCCUGGAGCUGGUCAGAGCUGGGAAGGCAAAGAGGGCGUUAGGAUUGUUGGCGUGACAUCUCUGCGUCAGGAUAGUGGAGCCCACCCCAAAGAUACUCGUUCCAUUGAAGUUCCCCCUACAUCUGCUAACAGUAAACUUCCUGGGCCUUACAGACCUGUCUUAGUGGUUGUGUCCAACAAGGAGCCAAAGGAGUCCUUGGAAAACCAGCCAGCUGGCCCCAGGGGAGAACCUGGAGCUGGUCAGAGCUGGGAAGGCAAAGAGGGCAUUAGGAUUGUCAGUGUAACAUCUCUUCGUCAGGAUAAUGGAGCCCACCCCAAAGAUACUUGUUUCGCUGAUACUCCCCAGGCAUCUGCCAACAGUAAGCUUCCUGGGCCUUACAGACCUGUCUUAGUAGUUGUGUCUAACAAGGAGCCAAAGGAGUCCUUGGAAAGCCAGCCAGCUGGCCCCAGGGGAGAGCCUGGAGCUGGUCAGAGCUGGGAAGGCAAAGAGGGCAUCAGGAUUGUCAGUGUAACAUCUCUUCAUCAGGAUGGUGGAGCCUACCCCAAAGAUAAUUGUUCCUUUGAGGCUCCCCAGGCAUCUGGCAACAGUGACGCUGGUAUUGGGCUGGGGGCUCCUGGUCCAGUGAGUCAGCCUGCUUCCCCUCAUCCACUGAGUCGGGGUCACAACUCUGCCCUCAUUGUGAAGAAGAAGAUUGUGGACAGAGCCAUCUUCCUCCACAAGAAAGCUGCUGUCCAGAGUGUGCAGAGGGGCACUGGCUCCUCUUCUCUCCCCCUUUUGGUAGGAGUGCAGUCUCCUGGGUCCAGCCCUGGCCUUCUAGAUCUGAAGGACUCCAGCCCACAUGUUCAGGACAUGGGCACUCAGACCCGUCUGUCUUGGUCCAGUGUCCAGGGCCUGGCUGAGAAGCUGGAUGCAGUGCAAGGGGCUGUGCAGCAGGUCCUGCAGGUGCUCCAAGUGCUGAUGGAUCAGCAGAGUCGGCUAGAACGGCAGCAGGAGCAGCAGCAGCUCUGGCAACAGCAGGUGCUGGGGACUCUGCAGCAGCUCAGGGGGUCUGCCCAGAGUCAGGGCCCUGGGAAUGGGGAAACUCAGGACUUAGGGAGCCCUGGGACUCUUGAAGUACCUGAUUUCCACCAAUUUAAGAUGGAACCUCUUUGACCCUGUGGGAAGGACCCCCGACAUAGGUGUGGCGUGCCUGAAGGGGCAAGACCUUCAGCUUUGGAGAAGAAGGGGUCUGUGUCCUGGUAGCGUCUCAGCUGAAGACAGCCCUCAUAAGACAUGGGGUGUGGGCAGGAAACAUUUCCCCCCUCCCUCCAGCUCUUAUGCAUGUGUGCAGCACACAGAUUGUAGCCCCCACAUCCUUUUCCUGUGUUGGCUCCUUCUCCUGACAAACUCUGCCCAGCUUAAGGGCUUGUGGAGGGUGCUGGGGGUGGGGGUGGGGGUGGCUUAAUUACAGAUGAGCCUGGGAUUUGGGAGCAGGUGACCCAGGGAGGCAUUAUGACUUUUUCCUUCCCUAGGGCUUAGACUCUGAGGGAGUAAGUUUCUUUACCUUCAUAUGCUGUUAUAGGUGAGUGAAGGGCUCAGGUGUUUCUUCAAGACAGGGGAUGGGUCAUAUGGUUUUCUGGUGACUGCUAAGCAUGUUCCAAGGCUUAGAGCAUGGCAUGGGGCCAGGAUUAUGGACAUAGUUGGUGGUGGGGGAACAGUAGCUACAUGAUACUAGGCCAGCGAGGAUCAUUGAAAGGGAAGGAGAGGUUCUCAUAAUGGAGAUUCUUUUCCAUCAGGCAUCGACAGUCUUAAUGUGACAUAAUCUGCUCCACCUUGUACAGGUCCAGUGGGUAGAUGGGAUCCCCAUCCUAGGGAGGCAGGGAGCCCUGGGACUCUGCCUCCCUGCUGAGGUUGUCAUCUUUGGGUGGAAGAGGGGCAGACAGCUGGCUUUUAGGCAAACAAGACAGUCUGCCCAGCAGCCUGGACGGGAAUAGGGUCCAGUAAGACUCAGGAAGUUACUUUGCUGAUGUAAUACAUUUGUUGUCAUUAUGAAAGUAGAAACAGGGAGACAAGAAAAGACAGUAUAGUCUCCCCGGGUUUCCAACUCCAGAAACCAUAUCUAUGUCAUUCAUUAAACAGUUAAAUGAGCACAA